GAUAACUCACAGUAUGAUAUUCGUUUGUGGCUUGAGUAACAAGUAACGAGUUAAAAAAAAAAAAUUACCAAAGUAUUUGAAGAUAUUUUUUAUUUUGUAUUUUCCUUUUCUUUUUUUAAGGUGGACAAGUUGAAAUUAUGGAAUUAUUUGAAUUUUAUUUAAAUCAACAAAAAUUCACACAUCAAUGCAUGCCAUAAGAAUAAAUGAAAAUUUGAUUGUUAAUUUAAAAUUGAAUCUUGUGAAAAAUGAACAAAGAAGAAACAGGUGGUACAGAUGCUGCAGCAAAUUCUGCUGACACCGAUAAACUCUAUGAGAAUCGUGGUCCAAAGACAAUUGUACGAUUAAUGACAGUUGGAGCUUAUAUGUUUUCAGUAAGUUGUGCCGCACUCGCUCUCAGUGGAUAUUAUAUAUUUUUUUGGCAUCCACCAAAUUCACGAUUAAUACACGCUCACGCUGCACACUUACGAACCGAUAAUGAAAUGGAUUUUAUGGCUGCUGAUUCAUUAACAAUUAUUCGUGUAGACAAAUCAAAUCAAUCAGAAUUAAUUGAUAAAUUUCAUGGAAUUAAUGUUAACAAUAGAUAUAAAUAUGUUUCAAAUUUUAAUGAAAAAAAUGCAUCGCAAAAUUUUAUAUUUGCCGAGGAUGAUGAAAGAUGGAGAAAACAAAAUGAACAAGAAAAUAGAGGAUACAAUUCAGUCAAUAAAAUGGAUACUACAAAGAAAAUUGAUUCUAAUCAAGAAAUAAGAAAUCAACAAUCAAUAAAUGAUAAAGAUUUAACAAUUGAAAACACAAAUUUUCCUAGAAAUAAUACAAUAACGAAAGAAAAAAUAAAUAAACCAUUGGACAAUUCAAUGUUACAUGAAAAAUCGUAUCAAGAAAAAUCAAAGAUAACUGACAAAAAAUUUAAUUAUUUAAAUUCCGACAAUGUGAAAAUAUUCAAAAAAUUUUUAAAGACUUUAUAAAAAAAUGAAUAUAAUAACAAUUUUCUUUUGUAGAAAAUUUUUUAAUAGGCUGUGCUUAUA